AUGACCUCAGGCCGAGUCAAUCCUUACAGCAUCGUAUCUUCUGAGGAAGACGGGUUGACCUUGACCACCAUGCCUGGAGUGAACGGCUUUGGCAAUGGGAAGAUCCAUACCAGGAGGAAAUGCCGGAACCGGUUUGUGAAGAAGAAUGGCCAGUGUAAUGUCGAGUUCACCAACAUGGAUGAUAAACCCCAGAGGUACAUUGCCGACAUGUUCACCACAUGUGUGGACAUCCGUUGGAGGUACAUGUUGUUGCUCUUCUCCCUUGCCUUUUUGGUGUCCUGGUUGUUAUUUGGUCUUGUCUUCUGGCUGAUAGCCCUCGUCCACGGGGAUAUCGAGAAGCCAAACAAGGACGAAUCGUUCACACCUUGCCUCCUGCAAGUGAACGGCUUCGUGGCAGCCUUCCUGUUCUCCAUCGAGACCCAAACGACGAUAGGCUAUGGGUUCCGUUGUGUGACAGAGGAGUGCCCGCUCGCUGUCUUCAUGGUGGUCCUACAGUCCAUCGUGGGGUGUAUAAUCGAUUCCUUCAUGAUCGGCGCCAUCAUGGCCAAGAUGGCUAGGCCCAAGAAGAGGGCUGAGACCUUGCUGUUCAGCCAUCACGCCGUGGUGGCCAUGCGGGACGGGAAGCUGUGUCUGAUGUGGAGGGUAGGGAACCUGCGCAAGAGCCACAUCGUUGAGGCCCAUGUCAGAGCUCAGCUCAUCAAGCCCCGAAUCACCGAAGAGGGGGAAUACAUCCCGCUGGACCAAAUCGACAUCGACGUUGGCUUCGACAAAGGCUUGGACCGCAUCUUCUUGGUGUCUCCGCUCACCAUCCUCCACGAGAUCAAUGAAGAAAGCCCCCUGUUUGGGAUUAGCCGGCAGGACUUGGAAACGGACGACUUUGAGAUUGUGGUGAUCCUCGAGGGCAUGGUGGAAGCCACCGCCAUGACGACGCAAGCCCGGAGCUCGUACUUGUCUAGCGAGAUCUUGUGGGGUCACCGUUUUGAGCCUGUCCUGUUUGAGGAGAAGAACUUGUACAAGGUGGACUAUUCGCACUUCCACAAGACCUACGAGGUCCCGUCAACGCCCUGCUGCAGUGCCAAGGACCUGAUGGAGAACAAGUUCCUUCUCCCGAGCACCAAUUCCUUCUGCUAUGAGAACGAACUGGCCUUCAUGAGCCGCGACGAGGAAGACGAGGAAGACGAGGAUGACAGCAGAGGUUUGGACAAUCCAAGUGCGGACAACCCACUUGAAUUUGAUAGGCUUCAGGCCACUGUAGCACUAGAUCAAAGGUCGUACAGAAGGGAAUCAGAAAUAUGACCGGGGGCCCAGCCUGGAACUCUUCCCGGGAGCAUCCUUUCC